UCGAAGAAACUUUUUUUUCUUCUGUAUAAAUAAACAAAAAUUCCCUUCUCUCCUCAGUCUCCGCCGCCGCACUCAUCAUCCACCCAGACCCUCCUCCUCCCCCACCCAUCUCGCCGGAACCCUAACGUCGACCGCCGGCGCUGCCCAUCGGCGGCGAUCGCAUUGCUGCGCGUCCGAUGAAGACCCGCGCCUCCAAGAGUUACCUCUGCGCGGGCAGUUCUUCGUUCGAUGACCCCGACGUGGUCGAGGUGUCUCCGGCCGCGGCUGCGGGAUGGACCCCUAGCCACCACAAGAGGAAGCGGAGCCAGGUUGUACCUCAAGAAGUAAUUGAAAUUGAUGAUGAUGAUCCUGAUGGAGUCAUAAUUAUUGCUGAUAAAGCACCAGUGGACAAGAAUAAGCAAACUGCUGUAUGCCCUUGCCCUAUGAAUUGGCCAAAGUAUGGCAAGAGUGGUUGGUUUCCGGACAUACCUGGCCCAAGCACAUAUGCUUCAAAACAUACUGAUUCCUGGGUUGAUCACAAAGUGUUUCAAGAUGAGGCAGUUUACAACUAUUCUGAUGAGUACCCCUAUGAGGGAUUUGAAGAAGACUAUGCUUAUGAUGAAGAUGAGUUUGAGGAUGAUGGUUAUGAUGCUCCACUUAUUGAAAGUGAAUUUAAAUUUGGUUUGUCUGCCAAGUUUGAUAACCUUGAUGUUCCACCUGGUCUGGAGGCUUCUUUAUCAUGGACGCAGAAGACUGCUAUUGAGAUUGCAAAUAAGACCAAACCCACUAAGGCUGUAGAUGAUAAAAUCGAAGAAAAAUACAAGGCCUUCAAACGAUUUGAUACUGUUGAUGAUCACAGUGAUCAUUAUUAUUCAAAGCCAGAAAAGAGAAGGGUUCAGGUGGUAAAAAAGCCAUCAAAAGACUGGGUGAAACGUAUUCAGCAUGAGUGGAAAGUUCUAGAGAAAGAUUUGCCAGAUACUAUAUUUGUGAGGGCAUAUGAGGAUAGAAUGGACCUGCUUAGAGCUGUCAUUAUGGGACCAGCUGGUACUCCUUACCAUGACGGUCUCUUCUUCUUUGACAUUUACUUCCCUCCUCAGUAUCCAAAUGUACCGCCGAUGGUGAAUUACCGUGCUGGUGGUUUGCGGCUUAAUCCAAACUUGUAUGCUUGUGGGAAGGUGUGCCUUAGCCUCCUAAACACCUGGACUGGCAGUGGAUGUGAGAAGUGGAAUCCAGCCAAUUCAACUAUGCUGCAGGUCCUGGUCUCUAUUCAAGCUUUGGUUUUGAAUGCAAAACCUUAUUUCAAUGAGCCUGGCUAUGCUAUGCAUGCUAACACAGUUCAUGGGGAGAAGAAAUCCCUGACAUAUAAUGAAGAUACGUUCCUGCUAUCCUGCAGGACGAUGUUGUACUCUCUUCGAAAUCCACCAAAGAAUUUUGAGGAUUUUGUUGCUGGCCAUUUCCGCAAGUAUGGGCGCAACAUCCUUGUAGCUUGCAGAGCCUACCUGGAUGGUGCCCAGGUUGGAUGCCUUUCUGGUGAUGGAGUGCAGGACGUUGAUGAAGGUGACAAGAGCUGCUCGGUGAGGUUCAAGCAGUCACUGAAGAGACUUAAUGAGGAACUUCUGAUGGAGUUCACUGCGAAGGGUGCGGACUGCGACAAGUUCCUCACCGAGAAGGCAAGAUCUGGAGCUUCCACAUCCGCAGCGGAUACCACACUGAGGCUGUUCAAGCCUUCCGCCGCUCCUCUCCUCCCCCCGUCGUCCUCUCCUUCCCCGAACAAAGACCUGGGCGAGGGGAGGGGGAGACGAGAUCUCACUCUCCGCUUCCUCUCCGCCUCCAAAAUGGCGCCACCGCGCGCAAACCCUAGCCACCACCCGCUCCUCGUCCUCCCCCUCCUGCUCCUGCUCCUACUCCUGAUCCCCGCCGCCGCGGCGGAUGCCUCCCUGUCCUCCUUCUCCUACUCCCGCCACUGCCCCAACCUCCCGUCCGCGCUCGACCUGCCCGGCGGCCAAGUUUCCGCGCUCGGGCCCGACGCCCCUGUCCCCGUCCCCGAGGUCUCCACCGGGUACUUCGUCGGCGGAGACCGCAUCUUCGGCUCCGACACCUACCAGCCGCGCUCCUUCUCGCUGUUCCCCUCCUCCGUCGCCCGCACCACCAACGCGUCGCUCCUCCACGUCUCCGCCACUCUCACCGUCUCCGGCGGGCGCCGCCCGUUCCGCGACCGCGGCGGCCGGAACCUCUUCGAGUACGACGGCCGCGCGCGCCACUUCCGCCCGCACCUCCCGCGCUUCACGGGGCGGCGCGGCUCCAUCACCUUCGGCCUGGAGGGCUACUACUCCACCGCGUCCGGGGACCUCUGCAUGGUCGGCACCGGGUCUGGGCGCUCCGUCGACGGCACGCCCGUGCACUUCCUCCCCGUCGUGCUCCGCCUCGGUUUCCCCAUCCCCGCCAACGUGACGCGGCCCUUCGUCACCGGUCGCCUCGAGAACGUCGACACCAUCAACCCCAUCGAGCCCAUCUCACUCGUCGCCUACGCCCAGGAGGGCUACGUGUACGGGGAGAGCGCCUCCUGCCCGCCGCCGCCUGCGGGGAGGCUUGACGCGCUGCAGGUGUUCGAGAAUAGGAAUUUCUCGUGCGCCCACCUCAGUUCCAUGCUCAAAUCGCCGUUCAGGUUGGACUACCCGAAUGGCAGCGAGUCGAUCGCAUCUUCACUGGGGAUUCACCAAAGCUACAUGUAUGUCAACCGGAUGCACUGCAACGAUGAUGGAGCUGUCCGCGCUUAUGUGGCGUUCACUAACCAGACAGAGGUAUCAAGGUACUACUUCAUGCUGGGGGAGAAGGCUGUCGUGGUGGAUGGGUUCUGGGAUCAGAAGAGCAGCCGGCUUUGCCUCAAAGGGUGUCACGUGGUGAAGGGGCCAUCCCGUGUAGAUUUGGCAGUGGGUGAGUGUGGAAUUGGGAUGAGCUUCUGGUUCCCGGCAGUGUGGUCUUUACAGCAACGGAGCUUUUCUGCUGGUCUGGUCUGGAAUGCAAGUCUAGAAAGUGGUGAGGCCAUUGCUGCAGGUUCUAGUGCAAUCACUCCCAACUAUAGGGGCAAUCUUUCUGGUUUGAAGUAUAAUUACACUAAGGUGGAUGAGGCUAUGAAGCACUAUGAGAAAUCUGGAUGGAACAAGAACAGGAAAGGGAAGUUCCCAGAUAGCAAUUCAUACCGGGACUUGGUGUUCCGUUUCUUCGUGCAGAAAGGAGGCGGCUCUGGAUAUGCCUCACCCGUCACAAUUGGAUCAAUGUUGUUUGAUGGUAACUCUUUGGUUGAUCAAGAUCCCCAUUUUCAGCAUGUCACAGCCGAGAUGAAGCAAAGACUGCUUAAUGUCAGCUAUGAUAUCUACUAUGUUGGCAAUUGGUCUCUAGAAUCAUUCCACCGUCGACAUAUCUCUGCUGAGGGUGUUUAUGAUACUAAGACAGGUUCCCUUUGCAUGAUCGCUUGUCGAGAACUUAAUGUCUCAUCAGAUUGUGAAAUUCUGGUGACUGCUCAGUUUUCUUCUUUGGAUGCAAAGGUUGCACAGCAUGUGAAGGGGACAAUCAAAAGCUUGAGGAAGAAGACUGACCCUCUUUUCUUUAAAACACUGGACAUUGCUUCAUAUGGGAUGUAUGUAGAGCAAGUGGACGAAUCAAUAUGGAGAAUGGACUUAGAAAGCACCAUGGCCUUGAUCUCUAUGACACUAGCAUGCAUCUUCAUUGCUGUGCAGCUAUUUCAUGUCAAAAAGGUCCCUGAAGCACUCCCUGCCAUGUCUAUCACCAUGCUUGUUGUUCUGGCUCUUGGCUACAUGAUCCCUCUUGUGCUGAACUUUGACGCUCUCUUCAAGAACAGCAACAAACAGACUGUUCCACUUUCAGGUGGUGGAUGGCUUGAGGUGAAUGAAGUUAUGGUGCGAAUCAUUACCAUGAUAACCUUUCUGCUGCAGUUGCGUCUUCUUCAGCUGGCUUGGUCUGCACGAUCUGUGGAUGUCAGCAAAGCUGAGUCAUGGUCUGCUGAGAAGAAAGUGCUCUGGAUAUGCUUGCCACUGUACAUAAUUGGGGGAGUUAUUACUUGGGUUGUUCACAUGAGAUCGAACCACAGCCGAAGAAUGCUAAGGCAGGUUGUCCACUUGAAGCCAAUCGAGCAUGCAUUCUGGGAGGACCUUGUGUCUUAUUGUGGAUUGAUACUCGAUGGGUUCUUGCUCCCUCAAGUGAUCCUAAAUGUGUUCUCAGAUUCCAAAGUUAGAGCCCUUUCCCCAGGGUUCUAUAUUGGAAGCACCUUAAUCCGUGCGCUGCCUCAUGUGUAUGAUGUGUUCAGGCGACAGCAUUUUGUGCCCAGCUUGAGACCAUCUUACAUGUAUGCGAGCCCUCAUGAUGAUCUCUUCAGCCUUGCUUGGGACAUCGUCAUACCUUGCGGAGCACUACUACUGUCGGUGCUUCUCUUCUUUCAGCAGUGGCGUGGAGGAGCUUUCUUCCUUUGUUCGAAGAACAGGAAGACAAGAGAGUAUGAAAUGGUUUCCACAGUCAGUUCUUAAGAAAAGUAAGUGGAUAUGAAAUGUUUUUACAGUCAGUUCUUGAAAAGCUUUACAUCAUUGUUGCAAGGGAAUUAUAGGGGAGGUUUACAUGUAGACUAAAAGAAUAGCUCUUUCCUUUCCCAAUCGUUGUUUCCUUUUGCAAAUGUGCUUGGUUGCAAUGAAAAUCACGUGCAUGUAUACGAAAUAUGAUUAAUACACAAGUUGAGCAAGUAUUGGGGGUCCUGAUUUAGGAUUCUUAUUACCUUUUACUCUGUUGCUAA